AUGGGAAACUGUUACAACAGCUGCAAUGCAGAAAUACCCAAACCCUAUGAACCAACUGUGGUUGGAGUUGAUGUGUUGGACAGACAUAUAGAUCCCUCUGGAAAGUUGCACAGCCACAGACUUCUCAGCACAGAGUGGGGACUGCCUUCCAUUGUGAAGUCUCUUAUUGGUGCAGCAAGAAUGAAAACAUACAUGCAAGAACAUUCCGUAGUUGAUCCUGUAGAGAAAACAAUGAAACUUAAAUCUACUAAUAUUUCAUUUACAAAUAUGGUUUCAGUAGAUGAGAGACUUACACACAAACCACAUCCUCAGGACCCAGGAAAAACUAUUUUGACUCAAGAAGCCAUAAUCACCAUGAAAGGAGUUAGCCUCAGCAGUUACUUUGAAGAACUGAUGGCAAGUAUGAUGUCCUCAAACACUAGUAAAGGCCAAGAAGCAAUAGAAUGGGUAAUACAUAAAUUAAAUGCUGAGAUUGAAGAACUGACAGCCUCAGCAAGAGGAAGCAUAAGGACUCCAAUGGCAGCAGCAGCAUUUGCAGAGAAGUGGUCAUGA